AUGGAACAAAAGGAACUAGUAGCUGACGCUCCAGCGACUCCGGGUUUUCCAAGUCCCCAAAAAUCAGGUGACUGCAUCAUGCUGUCAUCGGAUGACGAAGAUGAGCCUCGUGUGGUUAAGAUCAUUCCAAAAUCCAUCACGUUGUCUGAUGACGAAGACGAGGUUCGUGUAGUUGAGGUGGUUCCAAGAAUCAUUACGUUGUCGUCUGAUGAAGAAGAUGUCAUUGAGUUGUCAUCGGAUGAGAAGGAGGAGGUUGAAGACAAGAAGAAGUCCACCAAGAAAUCAGGAACAAAAUCGAAAGAGAAGAAGCCGAAGAAUAAGAAGUCAAGCGGCAAGGAGGAUCAAAAAUGA